AUGCUCAAACCCAUUGUACGUAAAAAGAGAAACUACAAGAACUUGGCUUUACCAGCAGGCUCUGCAGCUACAGCAGCACCUGUUCCUGCUUUAAAGUCGGCAAAACAAGAAGAGUACGACAAACUAUACAAAGACCUUAGUGAUCUUGAGAUCGGCUUAGAACUACGACUUGAUCUUCGUGAGGAGGAUAUUCAAAAUCUUGAAGAACUAGGUGCUGGAAAUGGUGGAACCGUCUAUAAAGUGUUGCAUAUUCCUUCAAAAAGAAUUAUGGCCAAAAAGAAGCCAGAAGAUCCUCGAGUAACUGUACGUAAACAAGUGAUGAGAGAGAUGCAGUUCUUACACGACUGUAACUCAGAGCAUAUCGUAAGCUUUUAUGGUGCAUUCCUUAGUGGUGGAGACAUUUCAAUGUGCAUGGAAUAUAUGGAUGUUGGUUCCUUGGAUAAAAUCUAUAAAAAGAGUGGACCCAUUCCAAUGGAUAUACUAAGACAUAUAGGAUAUGCGAUUGUGGAUGGCUUGAUCUACCUUUAUGAUAGCCAUAGAAUUAUACACAGAGAUUUGAAGCCGUCGAAUGUGUUGGUCAACUCUGCAGGACAAAUCAAGAUUUGUGAUUUUGGAGUAUCAGGACAACUGAUUGAUUCUGUAGCAAAUACAUUUGUUGGUACCAGUUCAUACAUGAGUCCGGAACGUAUAUUAGGUUCACCUUACUCUGUAAAGUCAGAUGUUUGGUCUAUCGGUAUCACAUUGAUGGAAUUAGGACUAGGUAAAUUUCCUUUUACUUCUUCAGAUGGCAGAUCGCUGGCUAUCUUUGAACUAUUGCAGUAUAUAGUAAAUGAACCAGUGCCCACACUUCCAGCAGGAAAGUAUCCACAAGACUAUGAGCAGUUCUUAUCGCUAUGUCUUGUAAAGGAUGUCCAAACUCGUGCAACACCUAAUGAUUUAUUAAACACGGCGUUCAUAAAGAAUACAACAGCCACUAAAGAGGACAUCAUGAAUUGGGCAAAGAGUCAUUUGUGA